GCUUCUCGCGUCGCGUCGAUGGCGCAAGGGCUCGACACCCUCGCUAUGGGACACUUUAUGCUUUUGCGCCGCGUCGAUGGCGGUGGGGCUCGACACACCCUCGCUAUGGGGAACUUUGCCUGCCCGAUGCGUCGCUGGGCUGCCCCGAUUGUGUAGACGUGGAGCCGUGCGUGUGGUGGCAGCUUAAAUGGCGAAACCCCGGAGCCCUGCUCCCUUGGACGGGCGCGGGCGCACAGCUGCUCCGUUGGACUUGCGCGGGCGCACAGCGCUUGGCGCGCGAACCCGACCGAUGAUCCACGCAUCACCUCGGCGAGCUGCUUGGAGGGCUCCACCCUAUCCACCUACAUCUGCUCGAUAGCCAAGGCCUGGCUCCGCUAGCUUGCAGCUCUAGCCCAGCGGCCGGCCUAAGCCGGCAGUCGCAAAGCCGCGGUGGGCCGACGGCCCGCGGCGGCUGGGCAGCCGCAGCGCCCCAUGGCCACCCGAGAUGCGAUAAAAAGCAUCGGGAACGGCAGCCGCGGCCUCCGUGCCGCGGCAGCACAAGGCAAAAGACUGCCUUGUGUCGCCGGCCAAAAACCGCGCGAUCGCGGUUUCUGCGGUGCUCGCACCACGGGUACCUUGCCAAUGUGGUCAGUGAUGGUUCUCAUGGCCCUCGGUUGUCGUUUUACGACAGCCCCAAACCUAGUAGGUUUUGGGUCUAGAGUCUAUCAUCUAAGGCUGGGCUCUGCGGGUCAAGGCUUGAUUGGCAUUCACGCGCAGCUCAGCGUGGGCGCGCAUCCGCUGCUUGAUUGCGCAGUGCGUAAACACGUACGCGGGCAUCAGGGCUGCCCGCGCACCGCCGGCAGCACCUCUUGGAAGCCCUCAGCCCCAUCACAAAGCCCAAGUGCUGGACCGCAGCUAGCGUGCCGCCGCCCUCCUGCGAGACGACGCGUUGCGGCACUCGUCAGCCGCUCGUCGACGCCAGAAGCCGUCGGACGCAGCGAAAAGAGUUGUCGCGCCGCGAGACGCGCGCCGACCCGACCCGCGAACGUGACCUCAUGGCCCCCGCCAAGAAGUCCGGCACUCGCACGUCGGCUCGCGUGCGCAAGCCGCCCUCCGUUGCGGGCGACUUUGAGUACGACAUGGAUCGGCUCUCUUUGCGCUCGCGAGCCAAGUCAAGGCGCGUGGGAACCAAGCGCGUGGGAACCAAGAAGGCGUCCGGCAACCUCUGUGCCUGCGGUAUUUGUGGUGGUAGAGUUUCCCACAAGGGCAACUACCGCCAGGACUGCAAGUACCGCAUCGCGAACAACCUCAAGUGCGACGCGUCGGGCAAGGCAGCUGCGUCGCGCACGGCGUCGGGGGUCUACUAUGGGGGCUACCCCUGUGCCUGCGGCGGCUCGACUUGUGGUAGAGUUAAAUACGAGGGCAACUACCGCCAGGACUGCGCGUACCGCAUCGCGAACGACCUCGAGUGCGACGCGUCGGGCAAGACCGCGGAGUACGACGCGGAGUACCUCGCGAGACCAGAAGUCAAGGCGCGGCACGCGGAUCCUUUUGGAGGCCAUCAGGCCAACAUUGCUGCGCGAACCGCGAAGUAUCACCUCGCGGCGUUGGAGGCGCGCCGGAAGCACAAGCUCUGGAAGGAGUCGCUCGAUCCGUUGCAGCUCAAACUGGUGGAGGAUGCCGAGGCAGCGAUCCAGGCGGUCUGGGAUGCGGAGUCUGAGAGGUGGGCCGAGGCCAAGAUCUACGCCAACGGUAUCUGCGCGUCGCUCGCGAAGAGCAAUCCGGAACUGGCGUUCAUCUUCGGCCGGGAGUGGGUCGGCACGCGGCUCAUCUGCGCGGACGACGAAUGGGCCUGCUCGGCGAUGCGGGUCAAGGACAUGGGCGGGCUCUUGAUCCACGCGACGAACGUGGCACCGGACCGCCUCGAGCUCGUCGACGGCGAGCCCUUCAUGCUCCGGCCGUCGCGAAAAGAGCACCAGUGGGGCAACACGAAGUUCGUCUACGGCUCGCUCUCGAACGACGCGUCGUUGCCGAUCUCGUUCGUCGAGGUGCACAACGGCAAGCGCUUCGUGUCGCUCGCUCGCGAGCAGCCGGCCUCCAACGCGGUCUACCUCUACAUCCUCGACCAGCGCCACGCGCAGUACGAGGACUUCCACCAGGUCUACAGAAGGGGCGGGAUUAUCACCCAAGCCAUGCGCUUCUUCGCGCGGUGCUGCAAGCCCGUCGACGUCGCGCGCGACACGCCGGGCGUCACGGUCCUCAAGAUCUUCUGGAAAGAGGGCGCGCCGGACGUUCCCUACGUCGAGGUGCUCUACGGCGAGCCGCUGGUCCCCGACUUUUCGUUGAAUUGGGACGCAGCGUCGCCGGAGGCGCGCGCGUUUUCGGAGCGCGCGGUGGCCCGCGCGGCGGAGUUGCGAGAGAAGCGGAAGGCGAAGUUGGAAGGGAGGGCGCCGCCGGCUAGAAAGCGGAAGGCGCCGGCGACGGCGCCGCCGGCGAAGCGGAGCAAGUGCUCGUCGCAGGCGACCAUACCUACCGUCAUGAACCGAGAUCUCGCCGCCCUGGUCGCGUUCCUGCCCGACGUGCCGGCCUGGCCCGAGCCAGCGGCGCCGACGCCCGCCGCGCCGCCGGCGUCCGACGAUGCUGAGAUGGACCUAUCGUAGAGCUGGCUUGGUUUAUAAGUGUGUCAUUAAUAAA